GUUGCCAUUGAAGAGCGUUAUUUUGAUUUAAUGUACACAGUCUUUGGUUACGGUCGACCCAAGUCCCGGAGAAGUUAUGGAUGAGUUGUCGUCUUUUGGGUUCUUCCUCCUCUCGCAGGAGUCUGUCGUGCAAGUACUUCCAGGCCUCUUGUGUCAUCACAGUUAUUGUGUCCGCUAUAGACCCCUUGGCUUGCAGAUAGCCAAAGUUAAGAUUGCCCACAAGCGGAACAUAGCAGCGAGCGACACCCGUGUGAAGCACCAGGCAACACACCCGAAGCCGCUCAACCGCACAACGCCAAAGACAACUGCAAGGAAUGCAGCGCGGCAGCCGUGCAGUGAAGUACAAGACAACACAAGUGAGGCAAGGGCGCUGCAGGGGACGACCAGGCGAGCAGACCAGCAGCUCGGCAGCCGUGGAGCGGAGCACAAGGCACCGGCAACAAGGCAACUCAACUACAUGGCACACAAGCGGCAAACACGGAAGGUACGACUAGCGGAUGAGCAACACGGCAGCGAAGCAGCGAAGCGCAAGGCAACACCAGCAACACGGCCACACCACACAGCGAACGUAACAAUUUGCAGAGAGUCGCACGCGAAGCAAGCGGGACAGGCAGCAGGGCAGCGGCGGAGCGCAGACCAGGACGUCCAUACAUCCAACACGGAGCAAAGCAGCACAUCACCUACUCACAUCACGGCCUUUGCGGUGACAUCUGUUGUUGCUCCAUCAGAUGCUGUGCUGGCUGUUGCAGUUCCAGGUAUUGUUCCUCUAGCCCUUUCUCCACCCCACGCUUGUGCAGUCGUAGCAUCGGUUGUUGCUCCAGCUGGCCAUGAUCAUCUUGUGGCAGUUGUUGUUGUGACAGCUGAUGUGGCGGCUGUUGUUGCACCACCUGUUGAUGUGCCAACUUUUGUUGCAUCAGGUGUCGGUCCGCUUGCCCCUGAUCGUCCCCCUGAAUAUGCGGUUGUAGCGUCGGUCGAUGCACCACCUGGCUAUCUAUGUUUUGUGGUAGUUGUUGUUGUGGUAGUUGUUGUUGUGGCAGCUGUUGUUGAAUCUGUUGUUGCUGCAGUGGGUAUUGCUCCACAAUCCCAUGCUCUGCCUCCUGCUUAUGUUGUUGUUGAGGUGUCACCAGACAUGGCUCCAUCCUCCCUUGCUCUGUCACCUCUUUGUGUUGUUGUUGUAGCAUCAACUGCUGCUCUAGCUAACUCUGCUCUUCUUGAGCUUGAGAACACUGCUGCUGCGUCAGGUGGUGUUGUGACGGCAGUUGCUGGUGAGACCACCGUUGAUGAGCAGUUCCGACUACCUCGUCAUGUUCGAGCUCCAGCAACCAAACCCGCUCCAGAUCAUGUUGUGGCCGUGUAUGGGUGGCAGAAGUAUCUUGUCCUACCAUUAGCAGGGGGAAGAGACGGUCUGCAGGUGCUUGAGCGGAUGCUUAUCUGCAGGUUCUCCUCAACGCUCAAUAUGGUAGGACGUAGUGCAGGGGCGAAAAGGAAAGUUAGGCCAGGUAGAAGGGAGAGGCAGAAAAUGGGAGCCCCAUUAGCAACUUACAGGAGAGGGCUCUUGACCUUCUGGCAGGCAGGACAGGGAAGGCAGUAUGUUAGUCUGGCCCAACUCUUGGAGGACACAUGGGCAGCGGGGGUGAAGGUGGUGGGGCUCGUGUCAUUUGGAGAAGAGGUGUGGGGAGAGAAAUGGUCGGUAAUUAAAAGGAAGUUUGGGACAUCGACGGUAGUGGUAGAUGAGGAGAAGCUCCCCUUGAGAGGGGCCAAACGGGUUAUAGAAAGAGGUGGUAAGUUUGGAGUGGCGCCUGUGGUGAAGACUGAGAGUGCAAGGAGCAGAGGGAAAGGUUAUCUGAGGCUGUUGUUGGAGAUGCCGAGAAAACAGGCGGAGCUCAAGCUUUUUGAUAUCACGAAGUUAGUUUUCUUGUACCGAUGUGCCAGGGAGUUCAAGACCAAGACUAUGAGGAGAACCCUGAAGGAGAAGAUAGCCGCGGUGAUCAAGAAGAAGACCAGAGUCAAUAUAAGAUUGAAGGUCAGUGUGGGAGUGAAGGUGAGGGUGGUGUUGGAGAAGAACAAGACGGUGGAGCAGGCCUUGACUAAUCAUCUGGAGUCAGUGAGGGUGGAGACGGGGUUGUGCACCUGCAGCAAGGAUCAACUACCAAGAGUGGAAGGGCAUGUGUUGAUGCGGAAUGCGCAGUGCCCAUUGGCGCCGACAUUUAUGCACAAUGGGAAAAAUAUUCUGCAGAGCGACGUAGGUGUAAAACCGAUGGAAGUGCAGCGAGCGGUUGGACGGUCAAUGGGGCGGUCAACGAGAGCGGUGAUGAGAAGGGACCUGUACCAGGUGGCUGAUGCAGAUUGUUUCCAGGAAAUUAUUUCCGAUCGUAUAGAAGCUAGACCAGCUUGCUUGGAGGAAAGAGCACGGGAGUUGGCGGUAAGGUUGAACCACCUUGUGGUGGUCCCGGUGGAUAGAAACCCAGAUGAUCUGGUGAUCAUGUGCCCGGCGACGUACCACCAUGGCCUCCAGAUGAUGUUCAACCUUAAUGUCGCCUACCACCAGGUUUCGGGGCAGUCCGAGGGAGAGGUGCUCGCACUGUUAAGGACGGAGUUCAAGAAGGUUGGACUCGAUAAGUUAGGAGCGUGGAACCCAGCGACCAAGCUUGGCAGAGCGUAUGUCUUGCCGAAGCAUAAGGACCUAACGAGGUGGAGGCCUAUUGCACCGACAAUUUAAUCGGAGGGAUCCAAGAUUGUGGGUAGAAGGCUAGCGCGGGCGCUUAACUUCC